UUGUACUGGUUUGAACUGGGAUUGUCCCCGAUUGUCCCUCAGUGUGACCCCGGCCAGGCCACCAAGCUGCUCUACGAGCUGCUCUACAACCUCCCGUUCAAGAUCAUCCUCAUGCCCGGCUGCUCCAGCGUCUCCACCCUGGUGGCCGAGGCCGCGCGCAUCUGGAACGUCACCGUGCUGUCGUACGGCUCGAGCUCGCCGGCGCUGUCCAACCGCCGGCGCUUCCCGACGUUUUUCCGCACGCACCCCUCGGCCACGCUGCACAACCCGACGCGCGUGCAGCUCUUCCGCAAGUGGGGCUGGACCAAGAUCGCCACCAUCCAGCAGACCGAGGAGGUCUUCACCUCGGUAUGGAACCUGGACGACCUGGACCGGCGGGUGAAGGAGGCCGGGCUGGAGAUCACCUUCCGCCAGAGCUUCUUCUCCGACCCCUCGGCCUCCGUCAAGAACCUCAAGCGGCAGGACGCGCGCAUCAUCGUGGGGCUCUUCUACGAGACCGUGGCCAGGAAGGUCUUCUGCGAGGUCUACAAGGAGAAGCUCUACGGCAAGAAGUACGUGUGGUUCCUCAUCGGCUGGUACGCCAACAAGUGGUUCCGCACGCCCGACCCGUCCAUCAACUGCACGGCCGACCAGAUGGCCGAGGCGGUGGAAGGUCACAUCACCACCGAGAUCGUCAUGCUCAACCCCGAGAACACGCGCAGCAUCUCCAACAUGACGUCGCAGGAGUUCAUCGCCAAGCUGGAGAAGCGCCUGGGCCCCAACCCCAAGGAGACCGGGGGCUACCAGGAGGCGCCGCUGGCCUACGACGCCAUCUGGGCGCUGGCGCUGGCGCUCAACAAGACGGCGCAGGAGCUGGCGCGGCACGGCGUGGGCCUGGACGAGUUCAACUACAACAACAAGACCAUCACCGACGAGAUCUACCGCGCCCUCAACUCCUCCGCCUUCGAGGGCGUCUCGGGCCACGUGGUGUUCGACGCCAGCGGCUCCCGCAUGGCCUGGACCCUGAUCGAGCAGCUCCAGGACGGGGAGUACCAGAAGAUCGGUUACUACGACAGCACCAAGGACAACCUGAGCUGGUACAACAACGACAAAUGGAUCGGGGGGUCGCCGCCGGCCGAUUACACCAAGGUGAUCACCACGUUCCGCUUCCUGUCGCAGAAGUUGUUCAUCUCCGUCGCGGUGUUGGCGUCGCUCGGAAUCGUCCUGGCCGUCGUUUGUUUGGCCUUCAACAUCUACAACGGCCACGUCAGGUACAUCCAGAACUCGCAGCCCUACCUGAACAACAUGACGGCCGUCGGUUGUACCCUGGCGCUCGCCGCCGUCUUCCCGCUGGGGCUGGACGGGUACCACAUCGGCCCGGGGCUCUUCCCCCUCGUCUGCCAGGCGCGGCUGUGGCUGUUGGGGCUGGGCUUCAGCCUGGCCUACGGCAGCAUGUUCACCAAGAUCUGGUGGGUGCACACCGUGUUCACCAAGAAGGACGACAAGAAGGACAAGCGGAAGCAGAGCCUGGAGCCCUGGAAGCUCUACGCCACCGUGGGCGGCCUGGUGGCCUUCGACGUGGUGACGCUGAGCGUGUGGCAGAUCGUCGACCCCCUGCACCGCACCAUCGAGGAGUUCACCAAGGAGGAGCCCAAGUCGGACAUGGACGUUUCCAUCCUGCCCCAGCUCGAGCACUGCAGCUCCACCAAGAUGAACACCUGGCUCGGGAUUUUUUACGGCUUCAAGGGGCUGCUGCUGCUUUUGGGGAUUUUCUUGGCCUACGAGACCAAAAGCGUCUCCACGGAGAAAAUCAACGACCACCGAGCCGUGGGCAUGGCCAUCUACAACGUGGCGGUUCUGUGCCUGAUCACGGCGCCGGUGACGCUGAUCCUGAGCUCGCAGCACGACGCCUUGCCUUCGCCUUCGCCGCCCCUCGCCGUCGUCUUCUCCUCCUACAUCACCCUCGUCGUGCUCUUCGUGCCCAAGAUGCGGCGGCUGAUCACGCGCGGGGAGUGGCAGUCGGAGCAGCAGGACACGAUGAAGACGGGAUCCUCCACCAACAACAACGAGGAGGAGAAGUCGCGGCUGCUGGAGAAGGAAAACCGCGAGCUGGAGAAAAUCAUCGCCGAGAAGGAAGAGCGCGUCUCGGAGCUCCGGCAGCAGCUCCAGGCCCGGCAGCAGCUCCAGCUCCGCUCGCGGCGCCGCCACUCCCGCGACUCCCAAAAUUCCCAAAAUUCCCAGAACAACCACCUGGGCCCCUCCUCCCAGCAUCCAGCAUUCCCAACAUUCCCAGCAUUCCCAGCAUUCCCAGCAUUCCCAGAUUUCCCAGCAUUCCAGAUUUCCCAGCAUUCCCAGAUUUCCCAGGCCUUCCCCCAGCCCAGCCUCGUUCGCUGCCUGGUGUCGGAGCAGGCCGAGAAACUGGGCCGGGCCAACUGCGACGGGAGCCGCGUGCACCUGCUCUACAAGUGAGAAAAUCCUGGAAAAUCCUGGAAUUCUGGGCCAAAAAUUAUGGAGUUUUGGCUGGAAAAUUAUUGGAAUUUAGGUGGAAAAAUCCUGGAAUUUUUGUGGGAAAAUUCGGAAAUUUAUGGGGGAAAAAAAAUCACAUAAAUCAGGCAAGAAAAUCCCAACAUUUCCAUGGAAAAAUCCCAGAAUUUGCAUGAAAAAAUCAUGGAAUUCUUGCCCAGAAAUCAGUGGAAUUCCUGCCAGAAAAAUCAUGGAAUUCCUGCCAGAAAAUUCCUGGAAUUUAGGCAGGAAAAUCCUUGAAUUUAGGUGGGAAAAUCCUGGAAUUUUUGUGGGAAAAUUCAGAAAUUUAUGGGGGAAAAAAUCACAUCAACCAGGCAAGAAAAUCCCAACAUUUCCAUGGAAAAAUCCCAGAAUUUGCAUGAAAAAAAGCAUGGAAUUCUUGCCCAGAAAUCAGUGGAAUUCCUGCCAGAAAAUGCCUGGAAUUUAGGCAGGAAAAUCCUUGAAUUUAGGUGGGAAAAUCCUGGAAUUUUUGGGGGAAAUCCUGGAAUUUAGGUGGGAAAAUCCAGGGCCGGGCCAACUGCGACGGGAGCCGCGUGCACCUGAUCUACAAGUGAAAAAAUCCUGAAAAAACGUGGAAUUCUGGCUGGAAAAUUCUCAGAAUUUAGGUCAGAAAUCCUGGAAUUAUGGUGGAAUUUGGGUGGAAAAAUCCUGGAAUUUUUGUGAGAAAAUUCAGGAAAUUUGGGGGAAAAAAAUUCAGAAUGUUUUUGUGGAAAAAUCCUGGAAUUUAAACAAGAAAAUCCCUGCAAUUUAGGUAGAAAAUUCACAGAAUUCACAUGGAAAAAUGCUGGAAUUUUUGUGGGAAAAUUCAGAAACUUCUGUGUGAAAAUCAUGGAAUUACUGUCCAAAAAUUAAUGGAAUUCUUGCAGGAAAAUUCUUGGAAUUUAGGCAGGAAAAUCCUUGAAUUUAGGUGGGAAAAUCCUGGAAUUAAUUUAGAAAAAUCCAUGGAAUUCACGCAGAAAAGUCCCAGAAUUUAGGCGGGAAAAUCCUGGAAUUUUUGGAGGGAAAUCCUGGAAUUUAGGUGGGAAAAUCCAGGGCCGGGCCAACUGCGACGGGAGCCGCGUGCAGCUGCUCUACAAGUGAGAAAAUCCUGGAAAAACGUGGAAUUCUGGCUGGAAAAUUCUCAGAAUUUAGGUCAGAAAUCCCUGGAGUUAUGGUGGAAUUUGGCUGGAAAAAUCCUGGAAUUUUUGUGAGAAAAUUCAGGAAAUUUGGGGGAAAAAUUCAGAAUUUUUUUGUGGAAAAAUCCUGGAAUUUAAACAAGAAAAUCCCUGGAAUUUAGGUAGAAAAUUCACAGAAUUCACAUGGAAAAAUGCUGGAAUUUUUGUGGGAAAAUUCAGAAACUUCUGUGUGAAAAUCAUGGAAUUACUGUCCAAAAAUUAAUGGAAAUCUUGCGAGAAAAUUCAUGGAAUUCUUGCCAGAAAAUCGUGGAAUUCCUGCCAGAAAAAUCCUGGAAUUUAGGCAGGAAAAUCCUUGAAUUUAGGUGGGAAAAUCCUGGAAUUAAUUUAGAAAAAAUCCAUGGAAUUCACGCAGAAAAGUCCCAGAAUUUAGGCGGGAAAAUCCUGGAAUUUUUGGGGGGAAAUCCUGGAAUUUAGGUGGAAAAAUCCAGGGCCGGGCCAACUGCGACGGGAGCUGCGUGCACCUGAUCUACAAGUGAGAAAAUCCUGAAAAAUCCUGGAAUUCUGGGCCAAAAAUCGUGGAAUUAUGGUCCAGAAAUAACGGAAUUAUAGUGGGAAAAUCCUGGAAUUUUGGUGGGAAAAUUCCCAGAAUUAGGCAGAA